CCGGCAUGUUUCUUAAUAAAGCUUUGCCGCGACGACGUUCCCAGCCUCCAGACCUCUUGGGCUGUGUGUCAUGCCGUCGUCCUAGUGUUUCUGCUUCAGCUGCCUCGAGUUGAGAGUCGUCGUCAUUCCCGGCGACAACAAGACCGACAGGCACGUGGGCACGCAUCGUACUCCGUACUCCUCGGUGCCAUGCCUUGUGUUCUUAUCUUGUAACAGCUUGUCCCCCCGCUCGUUCAUGAUAGAGAUGCGGCUCGGGGCUUUUUUGUCUUUUACCAGCCUCAUGCUAAGACUCUGAAAUUCCAAUAUUGACCAUCAUCAAUAUGGGUUGGUUCUCUCGAAAUAAGACCAACAAGUUGCAGCCUCGGUCUGGAGGGCCGCUCCCUGUGCUCCCUGUGCUGGCCGAUACGCGACCGAGCCAAGGUCGCCUCCCUCCAGCACAGUAUCAUUCCCCUCAGACAUCGGGCAUCACAGACUCAACCCCCUCAUGUCCUGAGUUCCAGUCUGCUGGCUACCUGCCGGCUCCUCCUGGCUGGAAUGCGGCAUCUUCGCCUCCUCCACCGUACCCGUACCAGCAACAGUCACAGCAAGCACCAGUCGUGGUAAAUCAGCACUAUUACAUGCUGGCACCACCACCACCAAAUGGUGAAUACCGCGCGCACCAAGGCAAUCCUGUCCCUUUGUCAAAGCUCAUCAUCGGAUCUGCGGUUAAUCUCGCCGACCAGCUCCUGCCUGGGGUCGUCCCCGCCUUGUUAAACGACGGACUGAACCUACGUGGUGGAGAAUGCAACCAGUUCGCGGGCCCGGGAGCCGCAGCACUGAAUCAGCUUGGUGACAGGUUCAACGAUGUAAUGACCCAGAUCGACCGGGAUCGGUACGCCGGAAAUGAGAGGGACCUGUUCACGUACCGGCCAGACUCGGACUCGGACUCGUCCACGGGAACCACCACCAGGGGCCAGCUGGGCAGACCAAGGACGAACCAAUCCUCCCACAGAGGGCAUGCCACCUCGAAGGGUCAGACCGCAGCCGCGGCUGCCAGCGUCCUGUCCGGAAAUUAUUUUGCAAAGGUGGAACUAUAUGCCAACUCCCGGCUGCCCAUGGAUCUUCCACCGCUUAAACUAUAUAUCCCAACAUGGCCUCUACUAUGCUUGGCUGCCCAAUACUCGGACCGAGUCUACGAGAAAGCUCGAGGUGCCGAGAAGGAUGUCCAGGUUGGGGCGAGUUACUCGAGUGGUACGCGGGCCAUGGUCAUAAAAUCAGUGCCCAUGGACCAUAUGAACACCAUCGUCUUCGCAAUCAGAGGGACGGCCACAUUCAUGGACUGGGCCGUGAACUUAAACACGGCGCCAUCCUCACCUGCCGGGUUCUUGGACGACGCCGGCAACUACUGCCACACAGGCUUCCUCACCGCUGCCCGCAGGAUGAUCAGGCCCGUGGCCGCGCGCCUCCGCCAGCUCCUCCAGGAAGAUCCCGGGCGGGCGUCCUACAGCCUGCUGAUCACGGGGCACUCGGCCGGCGGGGCCGUCGCGGCCCUCCUCUACGCGCACAUGCUGUCCGAGUCCCGCGCCGCCCAGUCCGAGCUCAGCUCGCUGACGGGCUGCUUCCGCCGCGUGCACUGCGUGACCUUCGGCGCGCCCCCGGUAUCCCUGCUGCCCCUGCAGAGGCCCGAGGGCCGUGCUGACCUGCGCAAGAGCAUCUUCCUCAGCUUUGUCAACGAGGGCGACCCCGUCGCCAGGGCGGACAAGGCGUAUGUGAAGAGCCUGCUAGAGUUGUUCGCGACGCCUGCGCCUGCAUCGUCGGCGUCGGCGUCGGCGUCGGCGUCGGCGCUGCUGGAGUGCCCCAAGCAGAAGGCGUCAAAGACCUCGCUGGCAUCAGCCAGGUCCGGCAAGUCGGCGAGGUCUUCAAAGACCAAGGGGGCGGGGGGCAGCAACCCGACUGCCAAGAAGCCGGUGUGGAAGGUGCCGCCGAGCCCGCUCAGCAACGCGGGCAGGAUCGUGGUGCUGCGCUCGGGGGACCAGAAGGCGCGGCUCAAGGGGAAGAAGACGGUGGAGGAGCGUCUGAACGAGGGGGUCGUAGCACAGGUGGCGACGGACGAGCAGCUCAGGGGCGUCAUCUGGGGCGACCCGGUGGCUCACAUGAUGAAGUUGUACGCUGGGCGGCUAGAGAUAUUAGCUGUUGGGGCCGUGACGGCGAAGGGGUACUGAUGAGGGGGUGGUUCGGCCAUAUCACGUCCUGUGGCCGGCGGACCAGGAGGUGUAUUUACGCGAAAUGAUGCUUACGAAGUCUGAUGAUCACCCAUUUUCAUGAUACCUCUACGAGCAGCCACGGUGUUAGGGUGUCGGUUUCACGGGCAGUUUCUCAAUUUCAAGUCACGGAGUUGAAGAACGCACAAAGUUUUUAGGAGAUGAGAAAUUGAGGCAUUCUCGCUAUCGAGGCGGACGUGUUUUUUGUCUUGAAUUUCAGCCAUCUUAUGUUCCUUGUUCUUGCACCUCCUGGCCAAGUCUUUGUGGCAUGCCACGGCCGCAGAUUAUGUCAUUCGCCAUAUAGGUGAGACACAUAUGCUUAUCCAAAAAGAAUCUAU